AUGGCCCUGAAAGACGAUUUGGUUAAAUCCAAAUUUCUCCGUGAUGUAAGAAGUUGCACAAUAUGCUUAUGGCGCUGUGAAUUAGAAGAACAGAUGACUAAGGUUGAACAUGCAAAUAGUUCCAGAGAUCAAAAGGACCAAAAAAACACUCGCUGGGAGGCUUUUCCUGGAGCAGAGGUAGACAGCAGCCUCUUGGAAAAUGAUGAUGAAUACCUUCCUGGCAUUUCCCUUCUGACAUCAAGACCCCUUCUUUCCACAUUAAAGACAAUAAGUAUGAUGGAAGUAGCUGACUAUAAAUAUCCAGAAUUGCCAAUUACUAAAUAUAGAGAACAGCUGAUUGAUCUCAUUGAAAAUAACUCCGUAGUCGUCAUCCGAGGUGCUACUGGCAGUGGUAAGAGUACACAACUGCCUCAGUAUAUUCUUGAAUGCUAUUUAAAGAAACCUGCAUUCUGCAAUAUUGUAGUAACACAGCCACGAAAAAUUGGAGCAAUCAGUAUUGCCCGCUGGAUCUGCAAAGAACGUCGUUUGUCUAUAGGAGGCUUGGUUGGAUAUCAGGGAACCCACACGUGGUGUCUGUCGAGGCUGCGGUCGAUUUCUCACCGCUUCGCCCGGGGAGACUCCUCCACCUCCUCUUCCUCCAGGGUGCGUUGCCCCGCACCUGAACUCGAGACAUCAGCCGCAAAAGAAGCCCGUUUGCCACCCAACAGUUCAACGCCCGUAACAGUUUUCCCAAUGGUGAACCAGUCCUGUAUUUGCUGCGCCAUCAAAUUUCGAAUCAUGGUGCACGAGCGACCGCCGUUCAACACGCGGAUCAGAACGUGA